AUGGAUAGAAAUGUGGACUGGCCAGACUCCACUGAACCGGAGGCGGGUCCCCAGGUGCUACCGCAGCCUCUGGCUCCCUCACCACCUCCCAGUAGUCGUAUGCGCCUCCGCUGUGAUCGGGGAGGGGACGAUGAGGGGGUCUGGACAGCCCAUGCUCUUCCCCUCCGGACAGUGGCCGGCCAAUUUCAGUAUUGGCCUUUUUCUGCUUCAGACUUAUAUAACUGGAAAACUCACAACCCAUCCUUUUCACAAGACCCUCAGGCCCUGACAGGCUUGAUUGAAUCCAUUCUGUUAACCCACCAGCCCACUUGGGACGAUUGUCAGCAGCUCUUACAGACUCUCCUCACCACGGAGGAACGGCAGCGGGUGUUCCUAGAGGCUCGCAAAAAUGUUCCAGGAGAAGAUGACAGACCGACACAGUUGCCUAAUGAGAUCAAUGAAAUGUUCCCGUUAACCCGCCCUGAUUGGGACUUCAACACUGCAGCUGGUAGGGAGCGGCUCCGUCUUUAUCGCCAGGUUCUGUUGGCGGGUCUCAAAGGGGCUGGAAGGCGCCUCACCAAUUUGGCCAAGUUUGCAGGUGCGGCUGCGAGCCCUACAACUCAUCCAGAGACUGGUGUGGAAGCCCUUGGCCGCCAUCUAUACAGCUGGGAGCUCCACAGUCCCACACCCCUUCCAGAUCGACUACGAAGUGUACGUGAGAAGACACCAAUCCAGGACCCUCGAGCCUCGUUGGAAGGGCCCAUACACUGUGCUGCUGACCACCCCCACGGCAGUAAAGGUCGAUGGCAUCGCUGCCUGGAUCCAUGCCUCCCAUCUUAAGCCAGCACCCCAGCCAGGACCCGACUGGAAAUUGGAAAAGACUAGUAAUCCCCUUAAACUUCGAGUCCGCCGAGCUGGUAUUGUUUCUCCUACUGGUACUUUUACCCUGUAACCUAAGAGCUAGCUCAGCAGCUAAUCCACACUCCCCCCAACAUCUGGUUUGGGAAGUCAGUUCUGCUACUGGACAGGUCGUCUGGUUAACUGAAGGCGACCACACCCCCGGAACCUGGUGGCCCACCCUAACACCUGACCUGUGCCAACUAUUCAUGGGGCUGGACACCUGGGAUAUCCCAGAACAAGAAAACCCAAACAAUUUACAGUGGAGAGUAAAAAUAGUCCCUCCCCCUUGAUAUGGGUGCUCAAACCCACAGGUCCACGCUGAACUCCAUGGUUUGGAGUUCUAUGUCUGUCCUAGAGAUAGGAGAAAUAGAAAAUAAGUUCUAAAAUGUGGAGGGCCUGAGUCCCUAUACUGUGCCAAAUGGGGAUGUGAGACUACCGGGGAUGCCUACUGGGGACCAUCUUCCAGUCAUGAUUGGAUUCAGGUCAAAAAGGGCUCUGCAGCAGACUGCUCAAAACAGGCUCUUUGUAACACCUUGUCCAUCAUCUUUACAGAACCAGGGAAACGAGUUGAAAAUCUAGCCCAGUGGCAAAAAGGUCAGACUUGGGGGUUACGCCUCUACAAGGAGGGAAAUGACGAUGGCCUCUGGUUUAAGAUUACCCUCCGCCCAAAACCCCUGUCUCAUCCAAUGAUGAUAGGACCAAACCCUGUCCUUCGUUCCCGCUCUCGGGUACCCCAAGCCCUGCCACCCAAGAUUAUAACCACAACCCACACCCCCGUGACUUCAAAAAACCACCCUCCCCCUCCAUCAACAACCAUACAGAUGUCCUUGAUGCCCCCCUUAUACAACCUGAUUAAGGGAGCCUUCUCUGCCCUUAACUCCACCAAAAGCAACCUCACUCGGUCCUGUUGGCUCUGCCUUUCUGAGGGACCCCCUUAUUAUGAGGGAACAGCUUACAACGGUACCUACAACAACACUGACUCAUGCUCCUGGGGAAGGCAAGGUGCCAGCAAACUAACUUUAUCUGAGGUAUCAGGACAGGGACUAUGUCUUGGUACACCACCCCCUGAAAAGAGUCAGCUCUGUGCCCGCACAGAAAAGGUUACAGCUAUCACAGGCAAAUACUUAGCACCCUCAGAUGGGGGAUGGUGGGCUUAUAACACCGGUUUAACCCCUUGUAUCUCACCAACGCUGAUAAACCAGACUGGUUUCUGCGUUCUAGUGCAUCUGUACCCUCGGGUUAUAUACCAUGACUCCCCAUCUUUUGAAGAACAGAUGGAAGGCCUGACCCACCGAUACAAAAGAGAACCCGUCACCAUGACCUUAGCUGUCCUCAUGGGACUGGGAACAGUAGCGGGCAUAGCAGGGGCGGGAAUGGAGACUGCUGCUUAUGUGCAAGGGUAUCAGCACAUGGAACAGCUAAAAGCCGCUAUAGCAGAGGAUUUGAGGGGGCUAGAGGCUUCCAUCUCUGCAUUAGAAACCUCCCUCACCUCCCUGUCAGAGGUUGUGCUCCAAAAUCGAAGAGGCCUAGACUUGGUUUUCAUUAGAGAUGGAGGAUUAUGUGCGACCCUAAAAGAAGAAUGUUGCUUCUAUGCGGACCAACACUGGGGUAGUACGUGACUCCAUGGCCAAGCUUCGUAAGCGACUGGAGGAGCGAAAAUGGGAAAAGGCCGCCAGAGCCAGU